AUGCCAUCCUUGUCCGAUACACUCGAAUCGCUCUCAUCACGAACAUCCGAAUUAGCCUAUCUGACUACCCUCAAUUCCCGUGGGGCAGGUAAAUUCACCCAAGCCUAUCUCAACUUACCUUCUUCGUCUUCGUCCUCUUCGAGUGGUGUUAGAAGGAACGGGAAUGUAUUGGAGUUGAUAAGAGACUCGAACGAUGGUGAAAGGAGGUUAUUCAAGUUCGUUGGUGAAUCCAAUUCGCUAGGUGAAGGCGGGAAUAAAAGAGUAGAGAAGAGGGAGAACGUCUUGGUGACUCCCCUUAAACAACUCAAGUCUCAUUCUCAGUCGUAUGCUGGAGGUAAAGGUAAAUCAGUUGAGGGAGGGGGAAGAGAUGAAGUUGAGAUUGUGUUGAGGACGGCUAUGAAGUUGGUCGAUGAUUAUCGACCGAUGCCCAGAGCUAGAGCACAUAUAGCAAACUUAAUUGACUCACAUCAUUCCUCCCAAGAGAGAUUAAUCGAGUUAGAAAGAUUGAUCGAAGAGGCCAGUAAACCCAUAUCUAUCCCUUCUACUUCCACAUCAACCUCAAUCACUUCCGAACCCGCCCCAUCUCGUGAAUCAUCGCUACCCGAUCAGCCCAAACUCACCCCGGAGGAAGCUAUCAAAGCUGAAGAAGCCUCUCUUAGAGCAUUGGAAGCUUCCCUCAUCCCUUUACGCAGAUCAUCACAAGCCAACCAAUCUGGUUCUCCUCCACCUUCUACAAGACAGUUACCCUCUUCCCCUCCUCCAACCAAAAGUACAAUACAAAUACAGACUCCGGCUAAACCCGCAUUUGGAUAUCCUUCCCAGACACCAGCAAGGGAAAUGCCGCAUGUGACGAACAGCCUGGUAGUCAAUGGAAUAACGCCAAGAAGAGUCGAUCGGUUCUCACCUUUGAAACUUAUCACCCCCCGAGAGCCUCUAGGCCCAAGUGGACUGGGAGAUUCUCAACGUACUGGGGGAGCAAUGGGAGGGAGGAGAAGUAUAUUUGGUAGAGCUAGUAUAAUGGGAACUCAUAGGGUGACAAGUGGUAGUGGUAGUGGAACGGGAUCUUUGGGAUCAAGUACGAGUGGACCGUUGAGUACGCCUUAUAAUAAGAUGUUAUCGGAGGCAGAGGCGCGAAAUCAAGAAUACCCAUCGGAACAACAAUCAGAGAGAGCUGGAGCUGGACUUGACGAGAGGGAAGAACAAGAUGAAACUAUCCGCAUACCCCGUCCCGCUUCUCCACCUACUUUAGCACCUGUUGUAAACACUCCUUCUACACCUGCAAGACCUCUGGAUGAGCCACAGGGCGCAAAUACACCCAAAGCUGGUGGGGCUGAGAAGAUUAGUGAGGGGAAUGGUGGUAUGGCGGGUAUCGAUCUGAAUAAUGAGAAUGUCAAAGCUGGUAUCGCCAAAGUAUGGAGUACGUUAGGCGAGAUGAUGCGUCAGGGAUUUAAAGAUGGUCAGACUGUUAAUGAAAAUGUUGAAUCUUCAGUGAAACACCUCAUUCAUCUCUCAUCAUCUGACUUACCAUCUCCUUCGUCCCCAUCAUCAUCUUCCAUCUCUUCCCUUUCCACCGCCCCCAAUCUUGGUAAACCAAUAACAUCCGAAACCAUCUUAUUCUCGCAUCUCAUACUGUCCAUAUUGAAACAGCCCGAUGGAGUAGAUAUGAACGAAUUGAAAGAGCAUCUAGGAUCCAUUGCCAAAGCACGUUAUUUCGAUGGUGCUUCAAGUAAUGCUACGAAGAUCAUUUAUGCUGCUGUGGGAAAGAGGAUGGUAAGGAUUGAUAGGAAAGGAGGGAUGGUCAAAGUGAAAUUUGCGGAUUAA